AGUUAAAUUACACGGUUAAACCAUCAAAUAAAAAACAACUCUUUCGAAGAAGUGAAUGGGGCACGAACGAUAAUUUUUAUUGAGAAGUCUUUCGUACAAAAGAACGGAAGCUGCGAAUAUAAAUUACUUUAAAUUAAAAUAUCUAAUGACGUAAUCAGUUGGGAAGAAUUUUUGAUGAAACAAAAUAUUUACAAUUUAAUCCUAACGCACAAAAAACCCAUCGUCUUUAGAAAGGAAAGCGAAAGAAUUCUCAAAAGGAUGUAAACACUCCGAAUUUUAAGUCUGCGAAUCGAAUACAAGCAGUACCAACUUGGAAAACAGCCUUCUCAAGCAUAAAUUUUCAUACAAAAUAAUAAACUGCUUAUGCAUAUCUUUGUCGUAAAUUUCAUUUUUCAAUUAUCGAGAAUAAUUUUGAAAAAAUUUUCGAUGUAUUCUGAUGGAAGCACGUCUUUUGGGCAUCCACUGCCUUCAGCGAUAUCUGUACGAGCUAGUGUAAAAUCAAAUCAGUAAACUACCGAUAAAUCAUUUUUUUCGAGAGAAAUGAAGUUCCCGAGAGUAGUAGUUCCCAAACCACUUAAAAAUUAAGAAAUUAAAAAAAAAUUAUGAACAAAUGAAGUUCGAAGCCAUUGCAUUUGGUCAACAAAUGAUCGAGGAGAUAUGAGACUUUUGCAGGUCUCGUUUGAAAGUUAGUACUUUCUAAAAAUAAGACGGAAUGUUUUCAGAGAUGUCAUCUAUAUUUACGUCCUUGGACUUAAUUAUUGCCGUGCUAAUCUUUUCGCUUGGAUCGGUAUAAUUGCCGUUAGUUCCGCAAGGGCAAAGUAAUUUAAGUGAUACCACGCGAAAAUAAAGUUUAUUAUGUUCUAAAUAAACAGUGCUAACUGACAACUGUGAAGAUGAUGUUGCGAAGUGCUAUUGUUUUAACGACUUUAAUUGUUUUCAACAAAGUUACAAGCUUUUCAAAUAAUUCAGAUGAUGCUGAAAAAUAUAACGUAGGCGGUGUUUUAAACGAUUUUGAAAGUGAAAAACAUUUCCGUUUAACAAUUUCGCAUUUAAAUUUUGAUCAAAAUUAUAAAACCAGCCGCAAUAUGACUUAUUACGGUAAAACUAUACGCAUGGAUAAAAAUCCUAUAAAAACUGUUUUCAACGUUUGCGACAAGCUUAUCGAUAAAAGAGUUUAUGCUGUUGUAGUAUCACAUGAGCAAACUUCAGGUGAUUUGUCUCCAGCAGCUGUUAGCUACACAAGUGGAUUCUUUCAAAUACCAGUUAUAGGGAUAUCAUCACGCGAUGCUGCUUUUUCGGAUAAAAAUAUUCAUGUUUCUUUUCUACGUACAGUACCGCCUUAUUAUCAUCAAGCUGAUGUCUGGCUUGAGAUGUUGAAUCACUUUGGUUACACAAAAGUCAUCAUUAUCCAUAGUUCGGACACCGAUGGUCGCGCUAUACUCGGUCGUUUCCAAACUACUUCUCAAAACUAUUACGAUGACAUUGACGUACGUGCCACUGUCGAAUUAAUUGUUGAAUUUGAACCAAAAUUGGAAAGUUUUAUGGAACACUUAGAUGACAUGAAAACUGCUCAAAGCCGAGUCUAUUUAUUGUAUGCUAGCACUGAAGAUGCUCAGAUCAUAUUCCGCGAUGCUGGAAAUUAUAAUAUGACAGAGUCCGGACAUGUAUGGUUCGUAACGGAACAAGCCUUAAGUGCCAAUAAUACGCCUGACGGAGUGUUGGGCUUACAACUGGAGCACGCCAACAGCGAUAAUCGUCAUAUUCGAGACUCUGUAUAUGUUCUCGCCUCAGCUAUUAAGGAAAUGAUGACGAAUGAAACUAUCACUGAACCUCCAAAAAACUGUGAUGAUUCUGGAGUAAAUUGGGAAUCAGGUAAACGUUUAUUUCAUUAUCUUAAAACGCGUAAUAUCACGGGCGAAACCGGACAAGUGGCCUUUGAUGAUAACGGCGAUCGCAUAUAUGCUGGUUAUGACGUCAUUAAUAUACGAGCCAAACAAAAGAAGCUGCCAGUCGGAAAAUUCUAUUAUGACUCUGGGAAAGCUACCAUGCGCUUAAAUAUCAAUGAUAGCCAAGUAAUUUGGCCUGGUAAACAAAAAAAGAAGCCUAAAGGAAUUAUGAUACCCACCCAUCUAAAAGUUUUGACCAUACAGGAAAAACCCUUUGUUUACGUUCGGCACUUAACCGAUGAUGAGGUACAAUGUAUGGAAGACGAGGUAUCAUGUCCACUCUUUAAUACCUCGAAUGGAAUAGAAAACGAUUUUUGCUGCCGCGGUUAUUGCAUUGACCUUUUAAAAGCUUUGUCGCAACGAAUUAAUUUUACUUAUAAUUUGGCCUUGUCGCCGGACGGACAAUUCGGUCAUUAUAUACUAAAGAAUUCGAGCAGCAGUAGUUUACCUCCCUCACCUCCACGGAAAGAGUGGACUGGCUUAAUAGGCGAAUUAGUUAAUGAGCGAGCAGAUAUGAUUGUAGCACCGUUAACUAUUAAUCCAGAGCGUGCCGAAUAUAUUGAGUUUUCAAAACCAUUUAAAUAUCAAGGAAUUACGAUACUUGAAAAGAAGCCGUCACGCUCGAGUACUUUAGUUUCUUUUUUACAACCAUUUAGUAACACUCUUUGGAUAUUGGUAAUGGUGUCAGUUCAUGUGGUCGCCUUGGUUCUAUACCUACUCGACAGAUUCUCUCCUUUCGGUCGUUUCAAAUUAUCUCAUGCGGACAGUCAUGAAGAGAAGCCCUUGAAUCUUAGCUCAGCUGUUUGGUUUGCUUGGGGUGUGUUGCUGAAUAGCGGUAUCGGCGAGGGCACACCGCGCAGCUUUUCUGCACGUGUUUUAGGUAUGGUUUGGGCGGGCUUUGCUAUGAUCAUCGUAGCUUCGUAUACCGCAAAUUUAGCAGCGUUCCUUGUUUUGGAACGUCCAAAAACCAAGCUGAGCGGGAUAAAUGAUGCCCGUUUACGCAAUACAAUGGAAAAUUUAACGUGUGCCACAGUUAAAGGGUCGUCGGUGGACAUGUACUUUAGACGACAAGUCGAAUUGUCAAAUAUGUACCGCACCAUGGAAGCCAAUAAUUAUGACACGGCUGAACAGGCCAUAGAAGAUGUUAAGAAAGGAAAGCUCAUGGCUUUUAUCUGGGAUUCAUCGCGCUUGGAAUAUGAAGCUUCUAAAGAUUGUGAAUUGGUUACAGCAGGUGAGCUUUUUGGUCGCAGUGGUUAUGGCAUAGGUUUGCAGAAAGGCUCCCCUUGGACAGAUGCCGUUACUUUGGCCAUUUUAGAGUUUCAUGAAAGCGGUUUCAUGGAAGCGUUAGACAAAGCUUGGAUAUUUCAUGGCAACGCCCAACAAUGUGAACAAUUUGAAAAAACACCCAACACUUUAGGUUUGAAAAAUAUGGCCGGCGUGUUUAUUUUAGUUGCGGCUGGUGUAGCAAUUGGGGUAGGCCUUAUAAUCAUCGAAGUCAUCUAUAAAAGGCACCAGGUAAAAAAACAAAAACGCUUAGAUAUAGCUCGCCAUGCAGCUGGAAAGUGGCGUGGAACCAUAGAGAAACGUAAAACUAUACGAGCUUCUUUGGCUAUGCAACGUCAAUAUAAUAUUGGUCUUAAUUCACAUACUGGCACUAUUAGUUAUGCCGUCGAUAAACGCCGUUAUCAUCGUUUGGGUGGUCAUCGCGGACCAGAAAAUGCUUGGACCGGCGACAUGGAUGCUUUGAGAUCAAGACGCUGCUUGGAAGAAACUACGAAGCUGAAGCAUUCCCCUAAAAUACAUGCUCCGCUGCCAUUAUUAAAUAAAAAUCGUCAGCCCAUAAACUUGCUGCCUCCACGUUAUUCACCUGGGUAUACCAGUGAUGUCUCACAUUUGGUAGUUUAAUUGGCAAACCAUGAGAAAAGAUAACCACUUUUACGAUUUAUUGUAAUUUUUAAUUUUAAAACGACGAAUAAAUUUGUCAUGGGUUGUUCUACGUGUGAGA